CAACCGCAGCCUCCUAAUUUGCCCCCUCCCUCGCGUCCCUCUCCCCAGGUUUCCUCCCAGCACUCGUCUUCCCCUUCCAGUCCCCUUCCAAUCCCCCUGCGAGGCAGCGACUCACGCCGCGUACUUCUCCGAGUUAGCAUUCUGCCUCUCCCCAAGAACCACCAGACCAGAGGAAGAAGACGCAGGCGGGCCGAUCGGUCGAUCAGGCGUGCGCGGGGCGCGGCCAUGGGGCGUUCUUGGCCUUGGACCCUCCGCGUCCUCUUCUUGGCGUCCCUGCUCCUCCUCUGCUCCGCCCUUCCUCCGCCAUCGCCUCCGCCGCCGCGCCGAGGGACGGAGGUGGCGGCCGCCGACGAGGCGCUGCUCGCCCGGAUGUGCGACCCGCGCGGCUCGCCCCCGGCCUGGUGCCACGAGCUCCGCCUCAGGCGCCGCAGGGGCCGCCGCCACCACCACCGGCGCACGCCGCCGGUGCCGCUGCCCCCGCCUGGCCCGGGCCGCGACGACGGCGGGGAGGAGGAGGAGAUCGACAUGCGCUACGGCGUCGCCAAGCGGCGCGUCCCCACGGGGCCCAACCCGCUGCACAACUGACGAAAGAUGGAGAAAGAUCGACGAUGGCUCGCGGGCCGGGCGUGUGGUCAGUUCUUGCUUUCUUGGCGGCCGGCCGGGUUCUUGCGCGAUCGAGCGAUUGUAGCGCGGCGCGUGCGUGUAAGGGCGGAUCGUCCUCUCUUGUUCUUGCUUUCCGCCGGGGAACAGUCACCCUCUCGAUGCUGCUGGGAAAGGACUUACAAUGGAGGAUCGAUGCUUGCUCAGAAAGUCACAUCGGCAUGCCAGUAACAUAGAUAGCAUAUGUGAUAUGUCCGUAUGUAUGUAUAUUUCAGUUCUUCUUCUUCUUCCUCCCAAUUCUCCUUUAAUUCUCCUCUAGUACAACUACUUCUACCAUUUCAUGGCGUUCUUGUAGCUUAAUUACUUUGGACGCGGAAGUAAAAUCACAAGUUUUUGCUGCA